GUAAUAUUUAUGUUCAUGGAAGUGGCGCUUAAUCCUCGUUCUCACUAUCGGGCCGGCAAGCAAGUCUUUCUCUACCAGUCUCCGCUUGGUUUUGUUCUCCGGUGCUUCUCCUCUCGUCGAAUCAAUAUCCAUGGCGAUGAUGGCAGCCAUGAAGUAAAUCAGGGAUUGGUGGGUGAUGAAGCGAAAUCAUCCACCAAAACCAAGGGGGCAAAAGUUAUGGCUCGUGUCAUCAACUCCACGCCAUGGUCAAGUGAGCUUGAAUCCUCUAUUUCAUCUCUAUCUCCCUCUCUUUCCAAAACCACCGUUUUGCAAACACUCCGCCUCAUUAAAAACCCUUCUAAAACUCUUCAAUUCUUCAACUGGGUUCAAAAAAUGGGCUUCCCUCACGAUGCGCAAUCAUUUUUCUUGAUGAUUGAAAUAUUGGGUAAAGGGAGAAAUCUCAAUGCAGCUCGUAAUUUACUGCUUUCAAUCGAGAAAAGGUCUAAUGGGUCUGUUAUGCUCGAGGACAAGUUCUUUAACAGCUUGAUAAGGAGCUACGGAAGAGCUGGGUUGUUUCAAGAGUCUAUCCAGGUUUUUGAAACAAUGAAAAGCAUUGGCGUGUCUCCUUCAGUUGUUUCAUUCAAUAAUCUUUUGUCUAUUUUGCUUAAAAGAGGACGCACGAAUAUGGCAAAGAGUGUGUUCGAUGAAAUGCUUAGCACGUUUGGGGUUACUCCGGAUGUGUAUACUUUUAACAUUUUAAUCAACGGGUUUUGCAUGAAUUCAAUGGUUGAUGAGGGGUUUAGGUUUUUCAAGGAAAUGGAGCGAUUUAAAUGUGAUCCUGAUGUUGUUACUUAUAAUACGAUCGUUGAUGGAUUGUGCAGGGUGGGAAAGGUUGGAGUUGCCCACAAUGUGGUGAUAGGUAUGAGCAAGAAAAGUUUAGAUUUGAAUCCUAAUGUUGUUACUUAUACUACUUUGGUUAGAGGGUAUUGUAUGAAGCAAGAUAUUGAUGAAGCUUUGGCUGUUUUCCAAGAGAUGAUCUCUAAAGGCUUGAAACCAAAUAAGAUUACUUAUAAUACUUUAAUUAAAGGGCUCUCUGUGCUGCAGAAGUUUGAUAAGAUAAAAGAAAUUUUGGAGGGAAUGGGAGAAGAUGGAAGAUUUACUCCGGAUACAUGCACUUUCAACACACUAAUAAAUGCACACUGCGACGCUGGGAACAUAGAUGAAGCUUUGAAUAUGUUCAAAAGGGUGUCAGAAUUGGAAGUACAAUCAGAUUCAGCUACUUAUAGUGUUAUAAUUAGGAGUUUGUGUCAAAUUGGGGAUUUUGAAAAGGCAGAGGAAUUCUUUGAUGAUCUAGCCAAAAAGGAGAUCCUAUUAAGUGAUGUAGGUUGUAUGCCAAUUGUUGCGGCUUAUAAUCCCAUGUUUGAGUAUUUAUGUGGUAAUGGAAAAACUAAGAAAGCUGAGAGAGUGUUUAGACAGCUAUUGAAAAGGGGAAGACAAGACCCUCCUGCUUAUCAGACUUUAAUCUUAGGGCACUGCAGGGAAGGCUUGUUUAAAGCUGGAUAUGAGCUCUUGGUGUUGAUGCUGAGAUUAGACUUUGAACCUGGUUUUGAGAUCUAUGAUUCACUGAUUACUGGUCUCUUGCAGAAGGGUGAACCUCUUCUUGCCCACCUGACCCUAGAGAAGAUGCUGAAGAGCUCGCAUCUCCCUCAAACAUCUUCUGUUCAUGCUAUACUGGCAGAACUUCUAAAAAGUUGCGCCCAAGAAGCAGCUAGUUUGGUAACUCUAAUGCUGGACACAAGAAUUAGACUGAAUAUCAUUCUUUCGACGGAGACUGUAAAGUUGCUGUUUUCAAGAUGGAUGCAGGAUAAAGCUUUUCAAGUUCUUGUAUUCUAUGAUAAUGGCUAUAUGGUUGAUAUGGAAGACUUGGUUUAUUUCCUUUGCCAGAGCGGAAAGCUUGUAGAGGCGUGCAAGAUGAUGCAAUUUAGUUUGGAAAAGCACCAAACUGUUGAUAUUGAAAUGUGCUGCGAAGUCAUAGAAGAUCUUUGUAACAACAGGAGACUUUCAGAAGCAUUUGGUUUGUACUAUGAACUGGUGGAGAGGGGAAAACAUCAACAGUUGAGAUGCCUUGACAAUUUGAAAAUGGCAUUAGAAGCGGGAGGAAGGUUAGAUGAAGCUGAGUUUGUAUCAAAGAGAAUGCCGAAUCAGUUGCAGGUUAACAACGCUUCUCCAAAAUUCAGCAUCAGGAUGCCAAAAUUUCGGCCGCAAUGGUGGAACCUUCAAGAUAGGAUUCACUUCUUAGUUCUUCAAAACUCUAAUAUUGGACCACUUCCAGCUAUGUUAUGUCUCAUAAGAAACCAAACUCUCUCCAAGAACAAGCCAGCCUUUCCUUUAUAUUCUUUGCUCCUGAAAAAUACUUACAUUAUUAAACUUUUUCAAAAGAUAAGUAUCUUCUUUCCAGCUCUGCUAGAGAUGUCAAAGACUGACAAUAACAAUGCUCCAUGGCACCGUCUCAAGCGUGCUUCCACUCCAGGGAAGGCAACAGUGCUUGCCAUUGGCAAGGCCUUUCCGAGUCAACUCAUUCCUCAAGAAUACUUGGUGGAGAGCUACAUACGUGAUACAAAAUGCCAGGAUGUCUCCAUCAAAGAGAAACUGGAACGUUUAUGUAAAACAACUACUGUGAAGACUAGGUACACAGUGAUGUGCAAGGAGAUUUUAGAUAAAUACCCAGAACUGGCAACUGAAGGUUCACCAACAAUCAAACAAAGGCUUGAAAUAGCAAACCCGGCAGUUGUUGAGAUGGCAUUGCAAGCAAGCCUAACUUGCAUAAAGGAAUGGGAGAGGCCUGCUACUGAUAUCACCCAUAUCAUAUAUGUUUCUUCCAGUGAAAUACGUUUACCUGGGGGUGAUCUUUACCUUGCUAGCGAACUUGGCUUAAGAAAUGAUGUUAACCGGGUAAUGCUCUACUUUCUUGGUUGUUAUGGUGGUGCCACUGGCCUUCGAGUAGCCAAAGACAUAGCUGAAAACAACCCAGGAAGUCGGAUUCUGCUAACUACCUCAGAAACUACCAUCCUUGGUUUUCGACCUCCAAACAAAGCACGCCCUUAUGAUCUUGUUGGUGCGGCACUUUUUGGCGAUGGAGCAGCAGCGGUGAUCAUUGGAACCGAUCCAGUAAAGGGCAAAGAAUCUCCUUUCAUGGAACUCAGCUAUGCAGUCCAACAGUUUCUGCCAGGGACACAACACACCGUCGACGGGUGCCUUACUGAAGAAGGCAUAAACUUCAAACUUGGCAGAGACCUUCCGCAAAAGAUUGAAGACAACAUCGAGGCAUUCUGCAGGAAACUCAUGUCAAAGGCUAGUUUGACAGAAUUCAAUGACUUGUUUUGGGCAGUUCAUCCUGGAGGACCGGCAAUACUUAACCGAUUGGAGAAUACUCUGAAACUGAAAGAGGGGAAGCUAGAAUGUAGCAGGAGAGCAUUGAAGGACUAUGGAAAUGUGAGCAGCAAUACCAUAUUCUAUGUCAUGGAAUACAUGAGGGAAGAGUUGAAGAGAGAGGGAGGGGAAGAAUGGGGGCUUGCCUUGGCAUUUGGUCCUGGAAUUACAUUUGAGGGCAUUCUUCUUCGCAGCCUGUAAUCCACAUGCCAUUCACAUUGGGAAGUUACCUUUACUUUGUUUUCUAAUUGUUAUAAUGCCAACAGCAACUUAUUAACUCUCUCUCUCUCUCUCUCUCUUCUUUAUUUUAAUUUA